AUGGAGGAGCCUGACUCAGGCGUCGAUCCUCUCGACAACCUUGGCGACUCACCACUAUACGUGAAUCCAAAACAGUUCCAUCGCAUCCUCAAGAGACGCGUAGCACGACAGAAGGCCAGAGAGGCCACGAUCCAGCCUGCAGAUACCCAUGCCGCCCCCGACAACCGUUCGCAAGGCGCCUUGAGCAGCGCAUCUUCUGAACGGGGAUCGAAUCAUGCCUGGGAAUCAUCUAAUGUCGAAAAGCAAUAUGAACUUUGCUUGCCAUUCAACAAGGAUGGAGAUCAGAGCGAGAAGGGGGGCGGUUCCCUGUCCAUUGAGAGUCACACCAUCAAAACCCCCAAGCGAUUCCUCACUAUAGAAGACCUCGGUGCGCUUGGAGUCAAUUCAGAGGGUCAUUUCUCGAACUGGCCUUACAACUGCAGAUAUUUCGUCCCCGAGCUCAUGAACGCAGAAGCGGCGACUUCUUUACUAAAGCGCGACGCUGAGUUCUAUCCUGAGGAGAGUGAUAGCCCAGAAUGCUUCACGGUCGUUGAUUUGACAGAGACCGGACUACAUUCUUUCGUGCUCAUUUCUUCGGACAGUCGAUUCGACGAAAGGCUACGAUUGUCUGAUCUCUCCCACGGCAGCACGCGCAUCCUCUUUGUUUCGCAGAAACGGCUGUGUCUCAAGAACUACACCACAAGCAGGUACGGGCUCAAAUAUUCAACCUGGCUCAAGAUCUUGUCCUCGUGCGAGAUACCUCCGGAUGCAGUCCAGGUACUCCACGAGAACAACGGUUGCUGGGGAGCCCAUACAUCAUUCUGCUCCGAUGUCAAAGGCAUGUCUUGUCGAACCAAGACUCCCAAUGACUUGCUUGGGGAGACAUUUUGUGCCUACCAUAUCUGGAUGAAGCCGCGACCAUGGUGGAACGAAGAGCACUUUGUCUACGCUCGUCAUGACUUCCAUUCGAGGAGGAAGCUCUUAGUCGUCGUUGGCACAUCCCUCGACGCGCAACGACAGCGUGUCUUGUCGCAGUUCCGGCCAGCAACGCAGCCGCAUCUGUUCUCCGCCCUGCUUGCCCUUGCAACCACAUGGACGAAAGACCUCGAAGAAUUUGUGUGGGAGCAAGACUUCAGCACACAGCGGCUUGAGUCGGACACUGGGUGGUCCACCGUCGGCCAUACCCAACUGAAGCCUUUGCCUCGCGAGAAGCUCGCCCUCCGCAAAGACAUGAUACUUACCAAAGACGCGCUGUCCCAUGUGGUGCGCGCUUCAGAGUCCCUCGACGAACUCUACUCCUUCUUGUCAAGAGAGGUUCGCGCGAUCCCCUCGGAUGGUUACAACGUCAACCUCCGUCCCGACCAGCUUAAAGACGCCUUCGUGCAGCAAGCAUGCAAGCAGUGGCACCAAAAGAGCCAAGCUCAAGGUCUCAUUGACCGCCUCGAUACUCAAUGGAAAAUUGUCAGUGCACUCAUGGCUCAGCAUAAUAACAGCUUGAACUAUCAGAUUGCAACAGAUUCGAGAGUUGACACAAUUGUCAUGCGGCGCAUCUCCUUUGUGACGAUAGCUUUUCUUCCGGCAACCUUUUUGGCGACUUUCUUCAGUAUGUCGUUUUUCCACGUUACUUCGGACGAUUUAGUCGCGAGUCCUGCUAUUUGGAUCUACGUUGUCUGCGCUGUACCCCUGACUCUGGCCAUCGCCUGGCAGUCGAGCACUCGAGGUUUGUCCGCAGUAAAAUGGACUGCAUCAAAGCUGCGGUGGAGGACCCCCAAGAAGAGUGUCUACUUCGAGGAAUAA